GUGACUAAAAAUAAAUCAGCACACAAACACACGCACUUAUUGUACUAAAAACAUAUUAAAAAAUUAAAAACAAAAAAAUCACACGCCAAACGUAAAGAGUGAAUUUAAAAGGACGGAAAACCUGCAACAAGUUUACAAUUAUGGGGCAACACAGGCAACAACAACAACAACCGCACAGUCAACGGUGGCGCGUAUGCGGUUUGUAUGCGUUCGCAGUUUUAUAUCUCUGCUGUACAUUAAUAGAUCUCACAAAUGCUGAAGUCGAACCUAGAUUGGAAAUUUUCCCCAUGCAAGGUGUACAAAGAAAACCCGUAGGAAAAUCUUUGAUUCUAACAUGCAAACCGAUAGUGCCCGAUCCAAAUUUGGUAUCCGAUUUGCAAUGGAAGGAUAAUAUGAAUAACACUAUAUUGCCGAAACCGAACAAAUACUAUUAUCCACUGUAUGAUUCCAAAGGACGUAGAUUACCCACUGUGACUGGCCGCAAUCAGCCACCCAUGUAUACGGAAACUUUGUCGGAAAGUUUGGCGCUGAUGAUCACAUCGCUGUCGGUCGAAAUGGAAGGCAAAUAUUAUUGCACCGCCUCCUAUGCAAAUACGGAAUUAAUGAAUACGAGCGUUAUAAUUAAAACUUAUGUUGCCAUCACAUGGACCAAUGCGCCUGAGAAUCAACAUCCCAUACUCGGUCAAGACUACACGGUUAAGUGCGAAGUGAAGGCCGAUCCCAAUCCGACCAUAGACUGGCUCCGCAACGGUGAUCCGAUUCGUUCUGGUGAUAAGUACGUCGUAGAAGCACACGGUCUGCUCAUACGUAAUGUACAGGAAUCCGAUGAUGGCAUCUACACUUGCCGGGCAGCUGUGAUCGAAACUGGUGAACUGCUUGAACGUACAAUACGCGUUGAGGUCUACAUCCAACCGGUUAUUACCCACUUACCAGCCACACUCGAAGCCGUUAAAGGUAAACCAUUUGCCGCGAACUGCACUGCAACCGGUAAACCAGUGCCGGAAAUCUCUUGGAUUAAGGAUGCCACACAACAGAAUGUCGCCACCGCCGAUCGCUUCCAAGUGAAUCCACAAACUGGUCUACUCACCAUCAGUUCCGUAACACAAGACGACUACGGCACUUACACAUGUAUUGCUAAGAACGAUGCCGGCGUAGUGGAUCAAAAGACGAAAAUGAAUGUACUUGUACGACCACAAAUCUACGAAUUCUACAAUGUCACUGGUGUGAGUAAGAAAGAGAUUGCCAUUACAUGCCGCUCAAAGGGACGCCCCGCACCGGCCAUCACCUUCAGACGUUGGGGUACCGAGGAAGACUAUGCACCCGGUCAACAAGCGGACGAUGAACGUAUCACUUUGGAGCAACAUUUCGAUGAGGAACGUGGCGAGAGUACGGGCACACUACGCAUAGCGGGUACUACACGUAAUGAUGAUGGUCUCUAUCAGUGUUUAGCCCACAAUAAAGGUGAUACCGCUUACAAGACUGGACACAUAACAGUGGAAUUCCCACCAGACUUCUCGCACAUGAAAGAUCUGCCACCAGUAUUCAGUUGGGAGGAACGUAAGGCUAAUCUCAGUUGUCUGGCGCAAGGCAUACCAAAUGCAACAAUCGAAUGGCGUUGGAAUGGACGUCCGCUGAAGGAUGCUUUCGAUAAGAAUCUGGUCAUUGUCGGCACUGGACCACGUAGCGAUCUCAUUGUACACCCCGUAGCUCGUCAAUAUUAUUCGGUUUACAAAUGUAUUGCCACAAAUGUGCACGGCACUGCUGAGCACGAUAUGCAAUUGAAAGAGGCGCGCGUACCAGAUCUAGUUGCUGCCGCGAUACCGCGUCAACUCACCGCCACAACAAUCACAUUCGACAUACGUGGACCACCAACGGAACUCGGUCUACCCAUCACGGCUUACAGCGUACAAUACAAGGAAGCUAUUAAUCCCGAUUGGUCGACGGCACAAAAUCGCAGCUGGUCACCAGACUCACCGUACAUCGUGGAGGGACUGAAGCCACAGACUGCCUACCAAUUCCGUUUUGCGGCACGCAACCAAGUCGGUUUAGGCAUGUGGGGUGUGAAUCAACAGCAAUCGACACCCAGACGUUCGGCACCGGAAGAACCCAAACCACUGCAUUCGCCUGUACAAAACGACAAGGAAGAACCCGUUGUAGUUUCACCAUACUCCGAUCACUUUGAACUACGGUGGAGCGUACCCGCUGAUAACGGUGAACCCAUCGAUUUCUAUCAAAUCAAAUACUGUCCAGGUGUUAAAAUGGCUGGGGCUUGGCAUGAACUGGAAAAUCAAUGCGCUUCAGAGGAUGUUGUCGAGACCACAUCAUACGAAAUGUCACGUUUGAGCGGCAACACCUACUAUCGCAUCGAAUUGCGUGCGCAUAAUGUGAUCGGUUUCUCAUCACCAGCAUCGAUUAUUAUGAAGACGACACGAGGCAUUGAUGUCAUACAAGUAGCCGAACGUCAGGUGCUCUCUUCCGCCACUAUUGUGGGCAUAGCUGUUGGCGGUGUACUAUUGCUGCUCUUCAUUAUCGACCUGUUAUGUUGUGUAACGGUACGCAUGGGCGUAAUGGCAACAAUGUGCCGACGGGCAAAACGUUCGCCUUCCGAUAUUGAUGAUGAGACGAAAUUGGGCAGUGGACAAUUGGUUAAGGAGCCUCCACCAUCACCGCUACCAUUACCGCCACCAGUUAAACUCGGUGGAUCACCACUGACAUCGCCAUUAGAUGAAAAGCAACCCUUGCAAACGCCGACUGGUAGUGUGAAACAAAAUUCUACUGUGGAAUUCGAUGGACAGUUUGUGCAUUCACGCAGCGGUGAAAUACUUGGUAAAAAUUCGGCUGUGUGAAUGAAAAUGGAAGUGUUUUAAAUAAACGAACAAAAUAUAAACCGAAAAAAAAACAGCUGAAAAUUGGAAAUUCUGUUACUAAAAUCCUUAACAGUACUGAAAUUACUUCGAAUGUUUGAAUGAAGUAUCAACGGUUUAACAGUAAUGGCGAUAAAAAAGGAAGACGCAUUAUUUGGAAUCAAUACGAACAAAUAUUCUGCAACAACCAUAACUGCAAAAGUAAAAUUUCUCAAAUAAUAGCAACUGGAAAAAUUCAUUAUUAUUUAAAGAAAUAAAUUAGUUGUGAAGUCAGUCAAACAAAUUUUGUAAUAAUAAGAAAAAGUAAAACUUCACAUGCAGACUCAAUGCAUUUAUUUGCAAAGGAUAAACAUAAACUUAAACGCAUUCGUAUUUAUUAUAAUAUAUAUACAUAUGUAUAUGUAUAGGUAAAUAAACAAUAACAAAAAAUUCCA